UCCGACCGUCCUCUUCAGUCCCUUUCCCUUCUCUAAAUCUGCCAUUUCCAUCUCCCAAACCAUCGCGGUUUAGAAUUACGCCGGGAAAUAAUGAAUGUACACAGAGGGCCUGGCUGGUUUGUUUAUUUAUAGUCCACGCAGUCUAAUCUAGUUUAACUAGACGUAGCGGCUAUCUGGGGCUGCCAGGGAGGAAGCAGGGGGAAGGCAGUGCGGGGAGAGGGCAGAGCCUGGGCCAGAGGAAGCCACACCCAGCCCCUGCCGGCACUGCCAAUCGAGAGCACAACCACCGCCUGCGGGACUUCACAGCCCCGGCCCGGAGAGCAGGGACCGGAAGUGGCUCCCAGGGAUGUGGGCGGGGAAAGGUGCCUUAAGGAGGAGCCAGAGGCGGGCGUCCAAUCGAAAACGACUGUGCUCGCGGUAAGGGCGGAAGAGGAGCGGUCUAGUUCCGGACGCGGCCGCCGUUGCCGCCGCCAUCUGUCACCUCAGCUCCGGCACUAGCCGCCGGUCACCCCGGCCCCUUCUGUCUCCUCGGCGGAGCCUCCUGCCUGUCCUGCCACCUCUCUGCUCUGUUCUUAUCGCUGUCUUCUUCCCCCAAUGGAUCUGGUCGGAGUGGCAUCGCCUGAGCCCGGGCCGGCAGCGGCCUGGGGACCCAGCAAGUGUCCAUGGGCUACUCCUCAAAAUACAAUAUCUUGUUCUUUGGCUGAUGUAAUGAGUGAACAGUUGGCCAAAGAAUUGCAGUUAGAAGAAGAAGCUGCUGCUUUUCCUGAAGUUGUCGUUACUGAAGGACCAUUUAUUACUGGAGAAAACAUUGACACUUCCAGUGACCUAAUGCUGGCUCAGAUGCUACAGAUGGAAUUUGACAGAGAAUAUGAUGCACAGCUUAGGCGUGAAGAAAAAAAAUUUAAUGGAGAUAGCAAAGUUUCCAUUUCCUUUGAAAAUUAUCGAAAAGUGCAUCCUUAUGAAGACAGCGAUAGCUCUGAAGAUGAGGUUGACUGGCAGGAUACUCGCGAUGAUCCCUACCGACCAGCAAAACCAGUUCCCACUCCCAAAAAGGGUUUUAUUGGAAAAGGAAAAGACAUCACCACCAAACAUGAUGAAGUAGUAUGUGGGAGAAAGAAUACAGCAAGAAUGGAAAAUUUUGCUCCUGGGUUUCAGGUAGGAGAUGGAAUUGGAAUGGAUUUAAAACUAUCAAACCAUGUUUUCAAUGCUUUGAAACAACAUGCCUACUCUGAAGAACGUCGAAGUGCCCGCCUUCAUGAGAAAAAGGAACAUUCUACUGCAGAAAAAGCAGUUGAUCCUAAGACACGUUUACUUAUGUAUAAAAUGGUCAACUCUGGAAUGUUGGAGACAAUUACUGGCUGUAUUAGUACAGGAAAGGAAUCUGUUGUCUUUCAUGCAUAUGGAGGAAGCAUGGAGGAUGAAAAGGAAGAUAGUAAAGUUAUACCUACAGAAUGUGCCAUCAAGGUAUUUAAAACAACCCUUAAUGAGUUUAAGAAUCGUGACAAAUAUAUUAAAGAUGAUUUCAGGUUUAAAGAUCGCUUCAGUAAACUAAAUCCACGUAAGAUCAUCCGCAUGUGGGCAGAAAAAGAAAUGCACAAUCUCACAAGAAUGCAGAGAGCUGGAAUUCCUUGUCCAACAGUUGUACUACUCAAGAAACACAUUUUAGUUAUGUCUUUUAUUGGCCAUGAUCAAGUUCCAGCCCCUAAAUUAAAAGAAGUAAAGCUCAGUAGUGAAGAAAUGAAAGAAGCCUACUAUCAAACUCUUCAUUUGAUGCAGCAGUUAUAUAAUGAAUGUACACUUGUCCAUGCCGACCUCAGUGAAUAUAACAUGCUGUGGCAUGCUGGAAAGGUCUGGUUGAUUGACGUUAGUCAGUCUGUAGAACCAACCCAUCCUCACGGCCUGGAGUUCUUGUUCCGUGACUGUAGGAAUGUCUCACAGUUUUUCCAGAAAGGGGGAGUUAAGGAAGCCCUUAAUGAACGAGACCUCUUCAAUGCUGUUUCUGGCUUAAACAUCUCAGCAGAUAAUGAAGCUGACUUUUUAGCUGAGAUAGAAGCUUUGGAGAAAAUGAAUGAAGAUCAUGUUCAGAAGAAUGGAAGGAAAGCGGCUUCGUUUUUGAAAGAUGAUGGAGGCCCGCCGGUACUCUAUGAUGAAUAGCACCAACACCCACUGCUUUCAGUGUUCACACAGCGGUGAUUGUCAGCUGCCAACAGCAAAUCAAGUUAUGGGUGACUUGAAAUACCAAAACAUGAGGCAUAUACAAUGGUGCUUCUGUGCUUUUUUCCCCCUUGUACCCCAUGUGCCAGACGUGUGGAAUUCUUAGCUCAGCAUUGAGAGAAUAAAAUGUCACUACCUCUCAUCUUACAAACAGGAUAAUAUAAUUCUUUAACAGCUAUAGGUUAUCUGGCUGAAAUAGGCCUAAUUUUACUUGACUCAUGUUACAAAAUGUUUUGAUGAGAAUUUUUAAAACUUAGGUAACAUUUCCAAAUGUGGGAGGAAGAGACAGGUGUGUUUACAAGGGAGGAUUUUAUUACAACAUAUUUGCUUUAUUCACCUCCCUGUUUUGUGUUGUCUUUCCUCAAAUAUUUUAUUGGCUUAAAAUUAGCCCUUCUCAAUUCUUUUUCCAGUGUGUGGCCAUGACUCUAAAGGAAAAUUUAUUCUCUUUAGUGGGUGUUACAAAUGGAAAUUUGGUUUCAGAAUGUUUGAUGGAAAUAGUCAUGAGCAAUGUACUUUUUAUUAGUACAUUUCAUUUUCAUGAAAAUGAACUGAAUUCUACUUUUGUCAUACUCAUUGAAGAAAAGGCAUCAUAGGUUUCUGAAAGAGUUAAAUGUAUAAGAACUUCUUAACUAUCUGGAUUUUUAAAUUUAGCUUUCAACUUCUCUACAUUUAGGUAAAAUGAUUAGGAUAUAACUCAUGGUGUGACUGCUCUAUACUCAUAAUGAAAAUAUAAAUUAUCUGGAAGGACAGAAUAUAAGCCUUAACCAUGUUUGACAUAUUUUAAUGAAAUCAACAAAACAAAAUUCAGUUUACAUUUCACUAAAACCAUAUACUUGUUGAUUUUGAGAGGAAUAUAACAAGUUAAUUAGAAAUAUUAAGUAAUCAAAGUAUGUAUAAAACCACUUGUGUAUCAGAUUAACUAAUUUGAGCUAUCAGGCCUCAUCAUUAAUACUUUUUAGCACUGGCUGUAUAACACUUCUUUAAAAAAGUAAGCACUGUACUGGAAAAGUAUAUUGGCUUUGUUAGGAUUGAAGUUCAUUAAGCACAAUGUAAUCAUUCCUCCUAUUACUAAAGUCAGAUUGGAACCACUAAAGAUCCAAACCUUCUGUCUGGUAAUAGAAAGUAAAAAUCUAGACAUCUUUUACAUUGGAAAGCUUCUCUUUUAACAUUAUUUCAGAAUGCCAAAUAUUUUCUUUCUAGAAGAAUAUUUAUUUUUGUUUUGUUGUAUAGCUUUUAAUUACAUUUCAGAGAAGUGUGAUUUUGGGUAGAUACUUAUUACAUUUUUGAAAUGUUUACUACUCUGAAAUAAAGAUUUAAGUGACUGGUGAUUAUUGGCUUUAUGGAAAUUUCAGAGAACUAAUUUUUAAAACCAUUAACCAUUUUUUUGUUUUUUGUUCUCUGACAUACUCUGACAAAGAGCAGCAAACCAUUGCUGUGUGGCAUUCUUGGAGUGUGCUGUGAACAUGCUUUUUAAGAAAUUAAAAAUGAAGAGAUCAUUUUA